UCUACGGAUGCCGGCGUAGAUUUCCACUGUUGUGAACAAAUUACUUGUGUAUAAAAUUCAUCGAACUAAUUUCAGAAAUAAAUUUUCCCUGUUAAAACGCAUUUACUACGACUGCUGACCAGCUAUACUAAAGCAACAGCAAUGACGGUGAUAACGCUUAUCUCGUCCAACAAAUGCUUUGGCGGACAGCAGAAAAUCUACUCGCACAAGUCCAAGGAGUUGGACUGCGAGAUGAAGUUUGCCAUCUUCCUGCCGGCAGCAGCCGACGAAGGCAAGCUUCCGGUGGUGUACUGGCUCAGCGGACUCACUUGCAACGAGACCAACUUUAUCCAAAAAGCCGGUGCCCAACGAUACGCCUCGGACCACGAAUUGAUUGUGGUCUGUCCGGAUACGUCCCCGCGGGGAGUCAACCUACCCGGUGAGGAUGAUUCGUGGGAUUUCGGCAGCGGUGCCGGCUUCUACGUGGACGCCACCAAAGAUCCGUGGAGCAAGCACUAUAAGAUGUUUAGCUACGUGACCCAGGAACUGAUCGAUGUGAUCAACAAUAACUUUCCGACCAUUCCGGACAAACAGAGCAUCAUGGGUCACAGUAUGGGUGGCCAUGGAGCUUUGGUUUGUGCCUUGAAGAAUCCUGGGCUAUACAAAUCUGUUUCUGCCUUUGCACCGAUUAGCAAUCCGACCAAGUGCCCCUGGGGACAGAAGGCCUUUGGCGGAUACUUUGGCGAAGACAAUAAGGAUGAAUGGAAAAAUUGGGACGCCUCGGAACUGGUGACCGGAUACAACGGGCCUCCGUUGGAGUUGUUCGUUGAUCAGGGAUCGGAAGACAGCUUUCUGAAGGAUGGUCAGCUGUUGCCCAACAAUUUGGUUGACGCCUGCAAGGCAGCUCAGUUCCCUUGCGUGCUGCACAUGAGAGAGGGAUACGAUCACAGCUAUUUCUAUAUUGCGAGCUUCAUCGGGGAGCACCUAGCUUAUCAUGGCAGACACUUGAAGUAAGUUUAGGAUGAUGAAUGGAUCAAGAGGUUUUGGGGGAAAACCAGUAUGGAAUAAUUAAAUGGUCCCACUGAAAAGCCUUGAUCCGUUGAAUGCAUUUUUGAAUAUUUUCGUUUAAUGAAGCAUCCGAUAAGGACAUACCUUCUGGCAGAUUAUAAAGUGGAUCAUUUUAUUUUGUAUGUAA